AUGCUAGGGUUGGUGGUGUUGUUGGGGGUUUUCAUUCUCCUGCUGUCCUUCUUCAUCAGGGUCCGCCGUCCUAAAAACUUUCCUCCAGGACCUCGUCCCCUGCCCAUCCUUGGAAAUCUGCUACAACUGGACCCUGUCAACCCUCUGAAAGAUCUGGAGAGGCUGAAGAGGCGCUAUGGAAACGUGUUUAGUCUGUAUGUCGGCACGCAGCCUGUUGUGAUUCUGAAUGGCCUGGAGGCAAUUCGUGAGGCACUGGUAACCCGCGCAAUGGAAUACGGAGGACGGCCAAACCAUAUCAUGAUCAGUCACGUCUUGCAAGGCAAAGGGGUCAUCUUGGCCAAUUAUGGCUCAAGCUGGAGGGAACACAGGCGCUUCACCCUCACCACAUUGAGGAACUUUGGUCUUGGAAAACGCUCCAUGGAAGAACGAAUCUUAGGAGAAGUUACCCACAUCUGCAAAGAGCUGGAGAGCAGUGCCGGCGAUUUGAUUGAUCCGCAGAAUCUGUUCCAUUUGGCGGCGUCCAACAUCAUCUGCUCGCUGAUUUUUGGAGAGAGAUUUUCAUACGACGACCCGAUCUUCCUCACCCUCAUCCAGUGGUUGCAGGAUUUGACUAAACAAUCUAUCAGUCCUUGGGCCAUGGUCUAUGAAAUUCUCCCGGUCUUGAGGCCCCUCCCUUUGCCCUUCAGGAACGUUUUCCAAAAAUGUGAUGAAAUCAAAGACUUUAUCAGCAAGAUUGUGACUCAGCACAAACAUUCAUGGGUUGCAGGAGAGCCCAGAGACCUGAUUGACUCCUAUCUGGACCAGAUUGACAAGACUGCUGAAGAAGGCUCCACAUUUAAUGACACACAGAUGGUGUCUCUCCUACUUGAUCUGUUCAUUGCGGGUACAGACACCACUUCAAACACCCUCCGUUCUGUCAUGCUACACCUGAUGACCAACCAACCUAUACAAGAUCGCUGUCACAGAGAAAUUGAAGAGGUUCUUGAGGGACGGGUAGACGCCUCGUUUGAGGACAGACAUGCCAUGCCGUAUGUUCAAGCCGUGAUCCAUGAGGCACAGCGCAUGAGUGACACUGUUCCUCUUAGCGUGUUCCACAGCACCUGCAAGGACACACAACUACAGGGCUACCAGCUGCCCAAGGGCACAAUGGUGAUUCCUAAUCUGUCCUCUGUACUUCAUGAGGAGGGCCAGUGGAAGUUCCCACACGAGUUCAACCCUGAGAACUUCCUCAAUGAUAAAGGAGAGUUUGUGAAACCAGAGGCCUUUCUUCCGUUCUCAACAGGAAUUCGUGUGUGUCUUGGGGAGGGGUUGGCACGUAUGGAGCUCUUCUUGUUUGUGGUGACCUUGCUUCAGCGUUUUCAAUUUGUCUGGCCUGAAACUGGAGGUGUCCCAGAUUUAAGCCUCAUCUUUGGCGGGACACAAUCUCAAAAGCCCUACCGUAUGGGUGUGCGUGUGUGGAACGGCCAGCGAGCCUGAACUCCCUACAAUCUCUGCAAUGGAGCAGUAUGUCUGUCACUCAAACAGCUAAAUGUCUAUUAUGUUAUUAUUCGCUUUUAGUUGUUUGACUCAUUGCCUGAUGGAAAUAACACUACAGUUGUUAAUUAUAAAUAUAUUACCAACCAUUAAAAUAUUUUAGGAAUGAUCAUUAACACCUAUACAAUCUAGUAAUUCAUAUUACUGUAAAUACAGUGCUCUUCUUAAAAAUUACCAAAAAUAUUCUUAAACAUGUGGCACCCCUAGAAAGUCCUAUGAACCAAAUCGGUAAAAGUAUUUUGCCAUUUAAAUACAUUUUUCUUUUCAUCCACCAACAUAGUGAAAGUCAGAAAACACCAAAUGAAAUGACACAAAAUGUAGUUGACCAUCAUAAAUUUGACAAUGGCUGGAUAAAAUUAAAAUGACCACUAAUAGGAAUUUCUAAAUUAACUGGAGCUGUGAUGUACCGGCCUGGAAGAGGACUGAAGUGUAUUGUGCACAAAUGUACAGUUAGAAGGAUGGUUUCAGAAGUAACAUAGAUUCUACGCAGUUGGAGAAUUGCAGACCCUGGUUGAAUCUUGGGGUCUUGAACACUGCAGUUACAGUAGAAGCCACCUUAAAGCCAACAAGCCUUUCGGACGUCUUGCCAGAAGAACAACCAAACUGUCCACUGUCUCUGCUGUUAUGAAGACAUUAACGCUGAAGCCUGGAGUUUGCUAAACACCAUUUGAACUUUGACAGGAAUUGGGUUCUGUGGACGAAACAAGAUAAAAUAGAGCUUUUUGACAGACCGCAGAACUGGUUUUAGUUUAAAAAUGUGGAUGGUCAUGUAGGAAAUUCCAACUGUUAAGUAUGCUGGUAAAGGGGGGAUGUUGUGUGAAAAAGUUAUUCCCUGCAUUUUUUACUUAACCCGUUUAACCUGACAAAAUCAGGCAUUCUAAACGUUACCACAAGCUUGACUGUGCCUUGUGGUGAUCUUGUAGUGAGUUAUGUGCAGCCCUGAUUACAAUGAUGAACGAUGGCAAUUUUGAUAAUGCUAGACCAUAUAACUUUAUUGAUUAAACAUCAAUCAUACUUACAUAGCAAAGGUUAUGUUAUAAUGAACAAUUGGGUCUCACGUCCUUGUUGUCCAAACCAGAGGGCAAAAGUAUCUUUGCACCCAUAUUUAGAAUGUAGGGUGGGCAUGGCCACCUUUUAAAAGAAAGGCCUAAUGCCAAAUCCAUUCAAUAUUAUGGUAAAUAUCUACUGCAGCAUGAAAAGGAAUGAUGUGAAAUUUAACAUACUUACUGUUAACUUUUCAAUAUUGGCAAUAUCCCAUAAUAUUAUAAAUAUCCCAACAUUAUAAAAUGUUACCAAUGCAAUUAGAAAAGUAAA